GACAUCUGGUCUCGGAACUCGUGUCGAAUAGGCCAAUUGAACAAUAACACACGCCCAUCAUGGCUGACGAGACCUCGAAUAAUACCGCCCCUGUCCCGCGGACAUCGCGCCCCAUGAGCGAAGCUCUUUUGAACGAGAAGUGGGAUCGCUGCCUCUCCUCCUUCCUUAUCCGCUCCGGUCUCGGUCUCUCCUUCGGCAUCGUCUUUUCAGUACUGCUGUUCAAACGGCGCGCAUGGCCCGCGUUUGUUGGUCUCGGUUUCGGUGCGGGACGGGCUUGGGAGGAGUGUGACAAUUCCUUCAAGCGGGCGACGGUACCUUCAAGAGACGGGCUUCGCGUUAUACGGCCAUAGACGAAAGGCAUGCAUCGUCUAGCGUCUUCGUAUUGAGGUUCAGGUUAUUCAUGUGACAUCAAGCUGUAUAGUAGACGGGGAGAUGGCAUUCCCAAAAUUCAUUGGUGCACAGUUG